AUUGCAACCACUGAAACCGUAUAGGAAGAUACAUACUUCAGCUUCUGCCUUUGAUCAUACACAGAGAUAUGGCGGUUCAGAAAAGGGUUGUGUCGAUUUUCUUCAUUCAGCUAGUUCUUCUCGCUGUUUCAGGCCUGAACCGGGUCGAUGGAGCCGGUUUGCGAACCGGUUACUACGAUGAGAGCUGCCCUGAUGCAGAGACCAUUGCUCUUAAGACUAUUCGCAAGGCCAUCUCCAAGGAUGUGACCCUUGCAGCCGCAUUGCUCAGGCUCCAUUUCCAUGACUGCUUCGUUCGAGGGUGUGAGGCUUCAGUGCUUUUGAAUGCAACAAAGGAAGGUGACGCCGAGAAAGAUGGAUUUCUGAACUUGAGCUUGAGAGGUUUCGACGUGAUCGAUGAUGUGAAGUCUGCGAUUGAGAAGAGUUGUCCUGGUGUGGUUUCUUGUGCCGAUAUAUUGGCACUGGCUGCUCGUGAUGCGGUUCAAUUGACCGGUGGAUUAUUUUGGAAAGUUGAAACCGGACGUAGAGAUGGAAGAAUCUCACUCAGCAAGGAAAUAGACGUAAAUUUGCCAUUCUCGAAUUUCAACAUAACUCAACUGAAGCAAAACUUCGCAUCGAAGGGUCUAACUAAGAAAGACUUGGUUGUUUUGUCAGGAGCUCACACCAUUGGUUCUGCAAGUUGUUUCACGAUCAAUACUAGACUAUACAACUUCACGGGGAGAAGCGAUACCGAUCCGGCCCUGGAUCCAACCUUUGCCUCCGAACUGAAGAAGAAAUGCAAGCCUGGUGGCAUCCUCCCAGUUUUCGAGCUGGACCAAGGAAGUUCCACGAUUUCUGAUGCACAUUUCUACAAAGCGGUGAGGCAGAACAGAGGUCUCCUUAUCUCUGAUGCAGCACUUCUUGAUGAUCAUGUAACUCGAGCUUAUGUCAAACGCCAGUCCACCUCUGCUACUGCUGGGGCAAAUUUUGGUAGGGAUUUUGGUAAAUCAAUGGAGAAGAUGGGUAGGAUCGGUGUCCUCACAGGAAACAAAGGGGAGAUUAGGCAACGUUGUGCCUUGGUGAACUGAUUAUCUAAUUUGUUUAUGGAUCUUUUUCGAGGAAGGUUAUUUGGUUUAUUGCUCACGUGUCGUUAUAUAAAGUGUUUGCUACCAAUAGUUUAAUUGAUAUGUUUCAAGUUAUAAUUCAUUCUCAUCAUGUAAUUGAUUAUCUACUUAUGAAGUUAUAUGUUCAAGAUAAAUUCUUUUGGUACUUUUUUUGUUUUCAAUUGAAAAGAGUUGAAGUGGACUUUAAAAGCCAUAAACUUCUUCCUUACAUUUGAAUCAAUUGACUUAGUGAUAAAGAAAUCUUCGUGAAAGUUGAAUAAUAAAUCAAAUUGGUAGGAUCAUGAUAGUAAACUAUAAAUGCUUAGGGUUCAAAGCAUACUCAUAAGUUAUAAAUUUUCGUGACUCAAUUAGAAGCGACUUUUUAAUGCAUUGUUCAGUUUCUAGAUUUACAAAAGGCUAAAGAACAAUUUCCUAUCUAGACAUAUGUGGAUCAAUGGCGAGGAUGCAAAUAUCAUGUUUUUCCAUAGCAUGGUAAAUAGCAGGAAUUCAAGAAGCAUUAUAAUCCAAUUGAUUGACGAACAGGGAAUAAAAAAUUCGAGGUUAAAAAAGCAGCAGUUAAGCAACUCAGAAUCUUCUAAUACAUUACAUCAAUGAAUAUGUCUCAACUAAUGUAUGGAAUGAAAAGAGAGAAAGCACCUGGAUCAUAUUCAUAUGGAUCUUCUAGGACAAUUGGAAGCUUCUUCAUCUAUCAGGUUUAAGAUAAACUUUGGGGACAAAG